CGCAGUGCCCUUUGCAGAGUUGCAAUUUCCAAGCCCUUCUGUUCGGGUGACUGUGCCCAGGUUAUGACGACUAAUCCCAAACCAAACAAGGCGUUAAAGGUCAAGAAGGAGGCGGGCGAGAACGCCCCGGUGCUCAGCGAUGACGAGCUGGUGUCCAUGUCGGUGCGGGAGCUGAACCAGCACCUGCGGGGCCUCACCAAGGAGGAGGUGGUCCGCCUGAAGCAGCGGCGGCGCACGCUCAAGAACCGCGGCUACGCGGCCAGCUGCCGCAUCAAGCGGGUGACGCAGAAGGAGGAGCUGGAGCGGCAGCGCGUGGAGCUGCAGCAGGAGGUGGAGAAGCUCGCCUCCGAGAACGCGAGCAUGAGGCUGGAGCUCGACGCGCUGCGCUCCAAGUACGAGGCCCUGCAGACCUUCGCCCGCACCGUGGCCCGCGGGCCCGUCACCCCCACCAAGGUGGCCACCACCAGCGUCAUCACCAUCGUCAAGUCCGCCGACAUCUCCUCCACCUCUGUGCCCUUUUCGGCCGCGUCCUAGUGCCCGGCCCGGGGUGGGGCCUGGGGGGCUGCGGCCGGGCAGGUGGUGGGCCCCUCCCUCGUGCCCAUCAGACGAGCCUACGGGGAGCAGACCCCUCAUCACCUGAGUCAAGCACAGACUCGCGGCGGGGCGGGGCUGCCGGCUGAAGAUGGGGUCGGGUGAGACCGUGUGCUGCACGCCUUCCCACACGCACGCACACGCAAACACGCACACGUAUGCACCUGGCCUUCCUCUGGGCCCCACCGGCUCUCUCCGGACCGUCCUUUUCUAGGGGUGUGUGUCUCGCGCCGGGGGCGUCGGGAUGUACGGAGGGAAGGUCCUUGGGAGGUUCCUGGCCCUGUGGCCCAGACGGUGGGGGCUCUGUCUUCCACCCAUCCCGAGAGUGGCCCGCUGUGGUCCACCACCCGGUGCGGGGACCCCCUCGCUGCCCUGAGCUCUGGUGCCGCAGGACGAACCAUGUGCUCCUGGUGAUGAAAAGCACCAUGACCCUGCUUUUAGCCUUACGGGAGACCUGCACCCCGCGAGGCGGAGGGAGGGCCGCCCGAGGGGCUGUGUGCGCGUGCACGCGUGCCCCGCGAUGUGCCAGCCAUCGCACCAGCGUACCAGCAGCACCGGGGCCUCGGGGGAGAGGCUCGGAAUGGCCGGUCACUGGGGGGCCUCCGGGGUCCAUGCGGCAGACAGUUGCAUGGGGGUUGGGAGCUUUGCCUCCGUCGGACCUGCAGAGGAGCGGUAGCUGCUGGGUGGGGAGGGGGGCAGCCAGCCGGGGAAGGUGGAGCCCUGCGCAGGGAGGGUGGCAGGGCCUGGGGGUGGGCGCGCGGCGGUUCUGUGCGGAAUGGGGGUGAGGUUGGCAGGGGCCUCGGGAGUGGGCUCUGGUUCUGCUGGAGGGGACGGGUGAGGUCUGAGGGUGAGGAGGGCGUGGUGACGAGGGAGGUGACAUGGCAGGGGCCCGGGACCCCCCUCCUGGGGGCACCUGGGCGGUCUCUUGGUGCAGAUGACAAGGGGACGCAGCUACCUUGGUGCUUAAUCCUCGCCUGGAACCUUUACUAGCUCUUUCUGGCACCUGGAGCCCCUGAUGACCUUGGUGACUCUUGCCGGGGCUUCCCUCCCCUGUGAGCCUCGAUCGAUCGGGGCUCCCAGCUCCCGUGUGCCGAGCUUGGACUGCCCCUUCCUGGCCCUGCUGGAGAGAGGCUGGGGCUGCAGGGUCAGGGGGUGGGCGUUGAGCUCAAGCUCCCGGCCUCCUCUUGGCCCUGCCACCCACCACCUAGGGAAACCCCCACCCCCAGCAAGCCAUGGGCCACCCACACAGGAAGAGGAGGAUUGGGCAGGGCAGAUGGCCCCAAGGGCUGCGUCCUCCUCCUGCGUCUGCUGUCAGGAGUGGCUGGGAAAGGUCUGGGACCCCCGCAGCAUUGCCGUGUGGCCUUCGCCUUGGCCUUGUCCUGGGGGAAGGUGAAAGGUCUGGGGUGUGCUGGAUCCUUACGGAGAAGAAGGCCCAGUGUGUUUAAAAAAAAAAAAAAAAAAAAAGAGUUGUUGAUACCAUAGCCAUGGUAGGUAAUCCACAUUGGAUAUCAAUAAGGACCAUGGGGAAAUAUUUAAAAGAAAGAAAGUAUAUAUAUAUAUAAAAUUAUAUACACAUUUUAUCGUACAGAUUUUUCGUAACUUUUCCUGUUUUUACUGUAAAUCCCUAAUAGAGCAGAGCUGCAGUUGGAGUAGGGUGGGGGUGGGAGCUGGUCACCCCCGCCCCCAGCUCUGGGGAGGGAGGCCCGGGCUGCCCGCCUGACACUUCCCUCUGCGUUCCCACCAGCCCUCGGGAGCGCCGAGGCCCCACCUGGGGGGACCUGGGGCCAGGGAAGGAAGACCAGAGCCUUCCCCGAGUGCUUUUCCUUUCAGCUCACCGAGAUUCCAUUGUCACAGGUUUAAUAUAUGGAUUUUUUUUAUUUAAGAGAAAGGGCAAGGACUUCUGUCCCUGGGGUUUGCUCCCCCUGCCUCCGGGGCUUCAGACGCGGGUCCUUCCUGGGGACGGGGCCUCCCGCUUCCUCGCCUCCGUCGCUCAGCUGCUCCAUUUCCAUAUUUAUUUUUGUGCUGCUUUUAUCAUGGUAUAAAUUAUUGAGAAGAGAUCCCACGUCGUGGUCCUCGUGCGUAGGACUCGUGCCCCGCGCCUGCCCUGUCCCCUCACGGCCACCACCUAAUUUAUUGCUGUACAUCUCUGCUGUGAUGCUUUUGUACCUUUGCAAUAAAGAGU